UGUCACUCACUUACUUCCGAUCCGAGUGUCACUGCUCUCCUGAGCGCACAGAAUCAUUCUCGCAGCAAUGGCUCGGCUUUUCUCUCCGCCGCGUCGGCUUGCCUUUGCACUGGCUGCAGGAUUGGUCCUUUUCAGUGUCCUGGCGGUGGCUAAAGAUGUCAUUCCCGUUGGAGAGCUAUCUGUAAGCCAAAUAGAGGAUGAAUUGCAGAACUGCCCUCUCGUGGAAUCUCUCAACGAGCACAAGCGUGCCACCAGCCCCCAAACCGCCAGCUUGACCUCGAAGAUCUUCGCCGUCCUUUUCCCGGGUAGUCCAGCUGUGAAUGCAAUUCUGGCCACUGCGUAUAUCUCCGGACCCCCCAACUUCCUGCUAGCACUAUGCCCCCCGAACAUCGACCCCUCAUCCUUGUCCGUGAUGGUAGCUUUCGCUGUGGGCGGGCUGAUGGGCGACACACUAUUCCACCUUCUACCUGAGAUCUUCCUCGGCGAAGACAGCCCCGAGCACGUCCGCUUCGUCAUGGUCGAGCCGAACAGGAACCUCCUCCUUGGACUCGGCAUCAUGGUCGGCUUCUUCACCUUCGUCGCAAUGGACAAGACCCUCCGCAUCGCAACUGGCGGCGAAGGCCACGACCAUUCCCACGGCCACAGUCACUCCCACGAACCCGCCACAGCGGUAACAACUGGCACCUCAACCGACAGCAAAUCCUCCGGUGACCUCAAACAGCGCAAGUCCACCAAGGAGCAAGCCGUCGCAAACGCCGAGCCCGAAAAGGAAAUCAACCCCAGCGUCAAACUGGGCGGCUACCUCAACCUGAUCGCCGACUUUACCCACAACAUCACCGACGGCCUGGCCAUGUCCUCGUCCUUCUACGCUUCCCCCACCAUCGGCGCAACGACCACCGUCGCCGUCUUCUUCCAUGAAAUUCCCCACGAGGUCGGUGACUUCGCUCUCCUCGUGCAGUCCGGGUUCUCGAAGAAGAAGGCCAUGGGCGCGCAGUUCGUUACCGCCAUCGGUGCCUUCCUGGGUACCUUUAUCGGUAUCGCAGUGCAGGAGCUCGGGGGUAGUCAUGGUGCCGCUGCUGAUGCUGCUGAGGGAGUGGUGAGUGGUCUUUGGGGCACGAGUUUGCAGUGGGGAGAUAUGCUUUUGCCAUUUACGGCGGGGACGUUCCUGUAUGUGGGAACUGUGUCUGUUAUCCCUGAGUUGUUGGAGACGGGCAAGGAUAGGAAGCUCGAGAUUAAGAAGACGAUUGUGCAGUUUUUGGCUGUCGCGCUUGGGGCGGGGAUUAUGCUUGCGAUCUCUUGGGAUUAAGCGUACAUGCCUCCCAAAAUAACCUCCAAAACCGACACCGUCACUCUCACUCAC